UUGAAAUGGAUCGUGCAGAGUUAUUUACCUGGUGAAUUCCUGGUGAAUGUUGUAGCUGAAGCUGCGGCUCACGGCCCAUUGAGCGUAUUGGAGUGGUUAUGGGGAAACUAUCGUGAGAAUUGCUACUGGAGACGUUAUGAAUUUGUCCAGGCUGUACUUUUCAACGAUCAGAGUGUCGGGGAGUGGCUAUUGCACCGCGUUGUGAUGCGCGAUGGGGACGAGGUUUCAAAGGUUCUUAAGCUGGCAUUAUCGCUGAAGUGUGUGCAGUUGCUGUACCAAAAGUAUCAUCCUGAUGUCGCGGAAGCCUUUCGUGACGCGUUGUUAUACGGCCGCUGGGAAGUUGUGCGCUGGUUUAUGGAGACCGUGACCGACGAAGAAUACUUGGCCAAUGCCCAUCAAUAUAACGAGGCUUUCGAGAGCCCAGCGCGGUUCGGUGCUCUGGAUUUACUCAAGGAAUUGCAUGAUCGGGGCCUAGUGCGAGUGUCUAAACGCACGAUUGAGAUUGCCGCUGAGAACGGCCGUUUGAAUGUCGUCAAGUGGCUUAUUGAAGAGAAAGAAGUGGCAAGUAUUGGCCGCGCGUUCCAGCGAGCUGCAGACGGCGGACACCUGGAUGUACUAAAAUAUUUGCACGCAGAGAGAGAAGAUUCUUGCCGCGACUCGAGUUUGAAUGCAGCUGCUAGUACGGGGUCGCUCGAGACGGUCCAGUGGCUUCGGGAGAACACGCGAGCCCACUGUUCAGUCGUUGCCAUGGAUUGGGCUGCUAUUGACGGGCACCUUGAGAUGGUGCAAUGA